AUGGACACGCGCAGCAGGAACCUGGCAGGCCCUGGGUGCAAGCCCCACGCAGUGGUGCAGCAAGGACCUCUGGACCUGAUCGAGACCGGCAAAGGGCUCAAGGUGCAGACAGACAAGCCCCACCUGGUGAGCCUGGGAAGUGGGCGACUGAGCACGGCUAUCACCCUUCUGCCGCUGGAGGAGGGGAGGACUGUGAUUGGCUCUGCGGCCAAGGACAUCGCGCUGCAGGGCCCCGGCCUGGCUCCGGAGCACUGCUACAUCGAGAACCUGCGGGGCACCCUCACCCUCUACCCCUGCGGCAAUGCCUGCGCUGUGGACGGGCUCCCUGUCCGGCGGCCCACCCGGCUCACUCAGGGCUGCAUGUUGUGCCUGGGUCAGUCCACCUUCCUCCGCUUUAAUCACCCGGCUGAAGCCAAGUGGAUGAAAAGCAUGAUUCCGGCAGGGGGCCGGGCCCCGGGGCCCCCCUACAGUCCGAGCCCAGAAUCAGAAAGUCUGGUGAACGGGAACCACACCCCACAGCCUGCGGCCCAGGGACCCUCGGCCUACGCCAGCCACAGUUCCCUGGUGAGCUCUAUCGAGAAGGACUUGCAGGAGAUCAUGGACUCCCUGGUGCUAGAGGAGCCCGGUGCGGCUGUUAGGAAGCCGGCCGCCGCCUCCCCCCUGUCGCCCGUGGCUAACGGGGGUCGGUACCUGCUGUCCCCCCCCACCAGCCCCGGUGCCAUGUCCGUGGGCUCCAGCUACGAGAACACCUCUCCCGCCUUCUCUCCGCUCUCCUCGCCAGCCAGCAGCGGGAGCUGUGCCAGCCACUCACCUAGCGGCCAGGAGCCGGCACCUUCUGUACCGCCCCUGGUGCCCGCUCGUUCCUCCAGUUACCAUCUGGCCCUGCAGCCCCCACAGCCCCGGCCUGCUGGUGCCCGUGCCUCCGAGAGCCCCCGGCUGGGCAGGAAGUCGGGGCACGAGAGGCCGCCCAGCCCCGGCCUCCGGGGCCUGCUGACGGACAGCCCGGCACCUACGGUGCUGGCAGAGGCCGGCAGAACCGCUGACAGCCCCUGGCUGGGCGGGCAGCUGCCUGUGGUGGCCAUCAGCCUGAGUGAAUACCCAGCCUCCAGUGCCCACGGCCAACCCCCCAGCAUUCCUGGCAGCCCCAAGUUCCAGCAGCCUCCGGUCCCCGCUCCCCGAAACAAGAUCGGCACACUUCAGGACCGCCCUCCCAGCCCGUUCCGGGAGCUGACCCCCGGCCCCUCACGCCAGCUGGUGGGCCGAACAUUUUCAGACGGGCCGGCCGGCCGCACGCUGCAGCCUUCGGAGAGCCCCCGCCCGAGCCGGCGGGGCCUGGACAGCAUGCGGGAACUGCCUCCUCUGAGCCCGUCUCUGUCCAGACGGGCUCUGUCCCCCAUGCCCUCCCGGACCACCCCGGACCCCAAGCUAACCAGGGACGUGGCAGAGAGCCCCCGGCCCCGGCGCUGGGCAGCCCACGGGGCUUCCCCAGAGGACUUCUCCUUGACCCUGGGGACUCGAGGCCGGAGGACGCGGAGCCCCUCGCCCACACUCGGGGAGUCCCUCGCACCCCGCAAGGGCAGCUUCAGCGGCAGGCUGAGUCCAGCCUACAGUCUGGGCUCUUUGACUGGGGCCCUGCCCCGACAGAGCCCCCGGGCCCAGAGGAAGCUCUCCAGCGGGGACUUGCAAGUGCCUGUCCCCCGAGAGCGGAAAAACAGCAUCACGGAGAUCAGCGACAACGAGGACGACCUCCUGGAGUACCACCGGCGGCAGCACCAAGAGCGGCUGCGGGAGCAGGAGAUGGAGAGGCUGGAACGGCAGCGCCUGGAGACCAUCCUGAACCUGUGUGCGGAGUACAGCCGGGCAGACGGGGGCCCGGAGGCCGGGGAGCUGCCCAGCAUCGGGGAGGCCGCUGCCGCGCUGGCAGGCCGCAGGCCCUCACGAGGCCUUUCGGGCGCCAUCGGGGCCCCUGGGCGGAGCAGCCAGGAGCCUGGAGGCGCCCCCCAGCGCCUGUGGGAGAGUGUGGACCGCUCGGACGAGGAGAAUCUCAAGGAGGAGUGCAGCAGCACGGAGAGCACCCAGCAGGAGCACGAAGAUGCACCUGGCGCCAAGCUGCAGGGAGAGGUGCUGGCCCUGGAGGAGGAGCGGGCUCAGGUGCUGGGGCGUGUGGAGCAGCUCAAGGUGCGUGUGAAGGAGCUGGAGCAGCAGCUGCAGGAGUCAGCCCGAGAGGCUGAGAUGGAGCGGGCGCUGCUGCAGGGCGAGAGGGAGGCAGAGCAGGCCCUGCUGCAGAAGGAGCAGAAGGCAGCCGAGCAGCUGCAGGAGAAACUGGUGACCUUGGAGACGGGCAUCCAAAAGGAGAGGGACAAGGAGGCAGAGGCCCUGGAGACAGAGACAAGGCUCUUUGAGGACCUGGAGUUCCAGCAGCUGGAGCAGCAGAGCCGCGUGGAGGAGGAGCGCGAGCUGGCCAGCCAGGGGCUGCUCCUGAGCCAGGCGGAGCUGCUCCGCAGCAUCAGCAAGAGGAAGGAGCGCCUGGUGGUCCUGGACAGUCAGGCGGGGCAGAUUCGGGCCCAGGCCGUGCAGGAGUCAGAGCGCCUGGCCCGAGACAAGAACUCCUCCCUGCAGCUGCUGCAGAAGGAGAAGGAGAAACUGACUGUGCUGGAGAGAAGAUACCACUCACUCACGGGGGGCAGGCCGUUCCCAAAGACCACGUCGACUCUCAAAGAGAUGGAGAAGCUGCUGUCCCCCGCAGCAGACUUAGAGCAGUGGUACCAGGAGCUGAUGGCCGGGCUGGGGACGGGCCCCACUGCAGCCUCCCCUCGCUCCUCCCCCCCGCCUCUGCCCACCAAAGCUUUUCGUCAGCUGCAGGUGUACCGCUCCAAGAUGGAUGGGGAAGCCACCAGCCCUCUUCCCCGCACCUGCAGCGGCCCCCUUCCCUCUUCCUCGGGCUCCUCCUCCUCCUCCUCCCAGCUCAGUGUGGCUACCUUGGGCCGUAGCCCUUCCCCGAAGAGCGCCCUGCUCGCCCAGAACGGCACCAGCAGCCUCCCUCGCAACCUGGCAGCCACGCUGCAGGACAUCGAGAGCAAACGCCAGCUGGCCCUGCAGCAGAAGGGGCAGCAGGUGAUUGAGGAGCAGCGGCGGAGACUGGCCGAGCUGAAGCAGAAAGCAGCCGCCGAGGCUCAGUGCCAGUGGGACGCCCUGCACUGGGCCUCGCCCUUCCUGGCAGGCCCCGCGGGCUUCCCCCUGCUGGUGCACCACUCCAUCCUGCACCACCUGCCGGCGGGGGCGGGGCGGGAGCGCGGGGACGAGGCGGAGCACGCCUACGACACCCUGAGCCUGGAGAGCUCCGACAGCAUGGAGACCAGCAUCUCCGCCGGGGGGCACUCGGCCUGCUCCCCCGACAUGUCCAGCGCCGGCGGCCUGGACGUGGGGAAGAUCGAGGAGAUGGAGAAGAUGCUGAAGGAGGCCCACGCGGAGAAGAGCCGGCUGAUGGAGUCGAGGGAGGUCGAGCUCCGGCGCCAAGCCCUGGAGGAGGAGCGGCGCAGGCGGGAGCAGGUGGAGCGGAGGCUGCAGAGCGAGAGCGCCAGGAGGCAGCAGCUGGUGGAGAAGGAGGUCAAGAUGCGGGAGAAGCAGUUCUCCCAGGCACGACCCUUGACCCGAUACCUGCCCAUCCGGAAGGAGGACUUCGACCUGAAGACACACAUCGAGUCAUCGGGCCACGGGGUCGACACCUGCCUCCACGUGGUGCUCAGCAGCAAGGUCUGCCGCGGCUACUUGGUCAAGAUGGGCGGCAAGAUUAAGUCUUGGAGGAAGCGCUGGUUCGUCUUCGACCGGCUCAAGCGCACCCUUUCCUAUUACGUGGACAAGCACGAGACGAAGUUGAAGGGGGUGAUCUACUUCCAGGCCAUCGAGGAGGUGUACUACGACCACCUGCGCAGUGCGGCCAAGAGCCCGAACCCGGCGCUCACCUUCUGCGUGAAGACCCAUGACCGGCUGUACUACAUGGUGGCCCCGUCUGCGGAGGCCAUGCGUAUCUGGAUGGACGUCAUCGUCACCGGCGCUGAGGGCUACACGCAGUUCAUGAACUGACCGCCGCGGGCCUCCCGGACCCUCAGGCUGGCCCCGGCACCCAUGCCUGGCCACCUGCUGCUCUGCUCACCGGAGAGGGGCCCACCCUGGGCCCCAGGCCUCCCCGGGGGGCUUUUGUAUAAGGACUU